GAAAGAUCAAGGAAGGACAAGAAAAAGAAAUAUGGAUCGAAGAUGAAAUAAACACGCGAGCUAUGCAGUGCUUUUCCCCUUUGUCUUCUUCUUCCUCCUCCUGUUCCAUUCAUAGACGCACAGUACGAUGCGACUGUCUUGUCCUCCUCGGCCCAUUUAAUACGACCAACGACUGCCGGUCUGUUUGUUCGGCGGGCGAGGGAAAUCAAUGAAGAGAGGGAAGAAAGUGACUCUCUCUUGGAUUUGAUUUGAUGAUUGAAUCCUGUUUCUAUCAAACUCACCACUCCCAAUCCCUUGCAAGCAUCGACCCGAAUAUUCCAUCUCCCCCUCCCUCCCCCAUAUCAUCCAUCGUAUAUACCUGACUUGAUCUUCAAGCAGAAAAGAUAUACUAGGCUUGAUCAAAGGCUUUUUUCUUCCAUGUACGGAGCUUGAAGGCCGAGCGGCGAUCUACACAUCCGGAUAUUCGGCUUCGGGAGCUGCACAAACAGGCUUCGGUUAUCAUUAUCAGAGCUGAUCAUCUUCAGUCUCCUUUCAUCUUACCUUCCGUUCCUGUACUGCUGAAGUUGGGAGAGUAAACAGAGAUGCUGACAGAAGCAACAUCAUCAUCUUUCUUUAAUAGCCGGAAGACUAAGAGGCAUUGCCCGGCGAUUAGUAUGGGCAAUCUGUUGUUGGCGAUAACGACCAUUUCUCUGAGUCUAGUUCCAGUUGGCGCAGAACUAGGACAACAGAAGCCAUUACGGUUUGGGAAAGAUGGGGAAUUCAAAAUACUGCAGGUCGCAGACAUGCACUAUGCCGAUGGAAAGACUACUCCAUGUCAAGACGUUCUUCCUUCUCAGGUUAAGGGAUGCUCCGACCUCAACACCUCUGCCUUCAUUCAUCGCAUGAUCGAGGCUGAGAGACCCGAUCUCAUAGUUUUCACGGGGGACAAUAUUUUCGGGUUGGAUGCUACAGAUGCUGCGAAAUCUCUAGAGGAGGCAUUCGCCCCUGCAAUAUCCUCGGGUAUCCCGUGGGCAGCUGUACUUGGGAAUCACGAUCAGGAAUCUACACUCUCAAGAGAAGGGGUCAUGAAACACGUAGUGGGCCUCAGGAACACCAUGUCUAAAUUGAAUCCUUCUGAAGUACAUGGCAUAGAUGGCUUUGGAAAUUAUAAUUUAGAGGUCCAUGGAGUUGAGGGCUCGGGCUUCGAGAACAAAUCAGUCCUCAACUUCUUCUUCCUUGAUAGCGGAGACUACUCCACGGUUCCUUCCAUCCCGGGCUAUGGUUGGAUCAAACCCUCCCAGCAACUUUGGUUCCAACGCACUUCCAUGAGUCUUCGGAAAGCAUACACGAACAAUCCAGCGGCCCAAAAAGGUCCUGCCCCUGGCCUGGUGUACUUCCAUAUCCCGCUGCCUGAGUUUGCGAGCUUCGAUUCAUCGAACUUUACAGGUGUGAGACAAGAAGGCAUCAGCUCCGCUUCCGUGAACUCAGGCUUCUUCACCACAAUGAUGGAAUCUGGUGAUGUGAAGGCUGUCUUUACAGGCCACGAUCACCUGAACGACUUCUGUGGCAAUCUCAUGGGCAUAAAUCUCUGCUAUGCGGGUGGGUUUGGGUACCAUGCCUAUGGGAAGGCAGGGUGGUCGAGAAGGGCUAGGGUCGUGGUGGCAACACUAGAGAAGACUGAGAAGGGUGAAUGGGGUGCAGUGAAGUCGAUCAAAACAUGGAAGCGACUUGAUGAUCAUUCCCUCACGGGUAUUGAUGGUCAGGCCCUCUGGAGUAAGAGCGCUUCAGGAAGCCGUAGGAAGAAGGUGAUCGGUGGCUCGUGAUACAAAAUUGUGAAGCUGAAGCUGAAGCUGAACUAUCGCUGAACGACUUUAUGCACGACAAAUGAUUAUCACUGCCGCGAAUAAUAGUUAAAAGAGAGAGAUCCUAUAGAAUGAUUAUCUUCCAUGAAGCAUCCAUUCUUGAGUUUUUCAUGUAUCUCACAGAUCCUGCUGUAUGUGUGUGUUUAUCAUGAUAUCUCCCCUGUCUGGGUUUGUAGAUCGAACUUAUUGCUGCUGAAGUUUAGCAACCAUAAAGUUCUUACCCAGAUGAUAUUGAUAUAUUUUCAGAAGAAAUGCAGUAUCCAUUGUCUGAUCA